GCGUGGCUUGUUGUACUUACGAUAUUGAUCGGAGGAGGAAUCCGAUGCGGGUCCGCUGGUAAUCUGUCCACCCUUCGACGUCGUCGUCUGUCGCGAUCCGUACGGUGUCCACUCCGCCCCCACCGGGGAACCGUUUUUAUUCCGCCCGUGCCGCUGGAAGUGUGAAAGUUUGGCCGUGCAAAAACGACAGUGUCCCUCCCGAUCGGGAUCCAUCAUUACUCCGGUCGUCAGUGUUAUCGGGUGGUCGUGGCCUACCGUCGAAAGUGGUUGGUUUGUUAGUGUUGUCCGAACUAUUUUACGACGGUGCGACCAGUGCGAAUCCGGUUUUCAAGUGUGCUGACAGUGGAGAAAUUCCCCGGAACGUGAGUGGCAUUAUUUGCUGUUGGUAGUGUAUACACACAACACCGGCGAGACGUUUGAGUCGGGACAAUCUUGUGCUGGAUUGCAAACAAAAAAAGUUGAAGCAUUUUGUUCUGGUGAUCUGCGGCAAAUGUGUUCUCUGUUAUUUUAGAUGCGAGUUACACGCUUCGGUGUGCGUGGGCAGUAAAUCAAGGCAUCUGAAUUCAGCAGCUGUUGAACGGCGAUCACUCGGCCCUGUCUUCGCUUACAGCGCAACGAUAAAAGCAUUUUCUACAGAGCGAAUUUUUCCUCGCAUCGACGGUGGAUCGCUCCCGCAAAUUCACCACGUAUCUACACGUCGGGCCAUACUCAGACUUAGACUCGAAUCCCAGUGUCAGCAGUUAGCCGUGAGGAGUCUCUGGUGUGUCUGUUGCUGUGUUUAGAGCUCCACCAAUUUUCUCGAAUGGCUCCCAUUCUUUGACAGUCGACGAGAUCGACGAGAGGUGGCCCCCAGCGCGCGAUCAAUGAAGCCCCGAUCUACGGCGGCCAACUCGUCCUGGACUGCUUACUCGUAGCGCUCUAGCGGCGAAGGGAAGAAAUCUCCUCUAGUGUGGAUUUUAUGUGUGCAAACGAAAAUCGAAAAAAUAGUAUCAAAAAGUUUCUCGUUGGAGUCCCAUAAAAAAAAGAGAACAUCAAGAGCGAACAACACUACAGUGCGUGAGUGAGUGAGUGAGAGAACUGACUCUCGUUUUUCGUUCGAAAGAAUUAGUGUGGCAAGUGGUGAGUGGAAAAAUCGACCGUGGAAAACGCGGCUGGUCAGCAUCGCUAUUCUCCUUCCCGCUAGGACGGAUUUUUGAACGGAAGAAACCGCCGCGAGAAAAGAAAAACACAAGUAAUCACCCUCCAUGCGCCAGGUCGGCUGAUACUCAAGGUUCGUAAAGCUAGCCGUAGCUCUUGAUCAGACGUUUUCGACGGAAAGAUAAAAAUCGACCGAUCCCGUGAGGAGUGUGUUUCAUUCGCCACCACAAGGAACAACCGCCGGGCGAAAGCAACAAUCGAACCCAACGCCACCCCCGCCAUCUCCGGUGGAGGGCGAACUAAGCGCCCGCGCCAGGCAGCAUAGGAAAAAGGCAUCAGAACGGCGGCCGUGAAAAGUAGUGUGCCCAUCGAUUGUGUGUUUUUCCUUAGGAAACGAAGGCGAAGGAGAGACGAUACACAGCCCCCGGCCCCGCCAACGCCGUCGUCGUCGUAAUCGAUUCAGAAUUUUUGCCGGGGCGAAGAAAAUCCGACGAAGAAAGUGAAAUGGUGUUAUAGUGAGCGGGGAAAAACGUCCACGGCCCUUCCGCCUCCCCCCGUAGGCGCGCGCGUGCUAGAUUGAAAUAGAUUGGACACAAUGGCCGUUAGUUAGAAGUGCGGUGUGGUGAUCGGAUUUGCGGUUUUUGUUUUUCUGUUCGCUGGCUGGAGAAGAAGAUUGGAGCUGAAUACCCAGUUGGCAACUGUUGACUGAGUUCCAGGAUCGAUCGUAGCUGCUGUGCGAGUGGGCGAAUCAUCGCACGUGUUCCGGAGCAAAGAAGGCGGCGAACCAUAGGAGGCGUAACUUAACUUGACACACACACAGAUUGAUAUAUUACUUCUAGUACUACAUAUUCUACUACCGCUACUACGACUACUAGAUUCGCAACUACGAGUGCGAACCGAGCAGAAAAGAAGGAUUAGUUAUUAAGGAAAUCGCAAGUCUACUACUAACAAAACACAAACACAACCCCGCUUCGAGGCGUCGGAACAGAAGCGGAAUAAGCGGAUAAGUCUUAGCAAAAAAAAAUCCCAACCAACCAUAUUAAUUAGUAAGUUAAUUCGAAGUUAGUAAAUCAAAUUAAAAGUCAAGAUGGCGACGAUAGACGGACGUCCGGCGCAGUACCAGAUCACGCUGAAGAAUCUGCGCGAAAUCAUGGAGCACCGAGGCCGGGAAGGGGUCUCGAUAGUGAACGAAUACGGCGGCACGCACGAAAUCUGCAAGAAGCUGUACACCCACCCGAACGACGGUCUGAGCGGCUCGAAAGCGGACAUCGAGCACCGGCGGGAAACGUUCGGUUCCAACACAAUACCUCCGAAACCACCGAAGUCCUUCCUGAUGCUGGUGUGGGAGGCCCUGCAGGACGUGACGCUGAUCAUUCUGGAGAUAGCCGCCAUCAUCUCGCUGCUGUUAUCGUUUUACCAGCCGGCGGACGAUGAUGAACCAGUCCUGGAGGAAGAGGAGGAGCACUACUCGUGGAUCGAGGGUUUGGCCAUCCUGGUGUCGGUGUUUGUGGUCGUGAUUGUGACGGCCUUCAAUGACUACUCGAAGGAGAAGCAAUUCCGAGGGCUCCAGUCACGGAUCGAGGGCGAGCACAAGUUUUCCGUUAUCCGCGGCGGCGACGCAGUCCAGAUCAAUAUCGGCGAGAUCGUGGUGGGCGACAUCUGCCAGAUCAAGUACGGCGAUUUGCUUCCGGCCGACGGUCUCCUGAUCCAGAGUAACGAUCUGAAAAUUGACGAGUCCUCGCUGACGGGCGAAUCGGACCACGUGAAGAAGAGCGAACUGACGGAUCCGAUGGUGUUGUCCGGAACGCACGUUAUGGAAGGUAGCGGAAAGAUGGUCGUCACUGCCGUCGGUGUCAACUCCCAGGCCGGUAUCAUCUUCACCCUGCUGGGAGCGGCCGUUGAUGAGCACGAAGCUGCCGCCAAGAAAAAGAAAAAGGAUGCCAAGAAGGAAAAGAAACUGAAGGAUGGCGGCGAUGAGAUCACCAACAACAGUCACCAUCCGGCGCUGAAAUCUCAGACGACCGUGGAUUCCAUCACGUCCGACGAUGGCGAAGAGGGCAAGAGCAGCGGCGGAGGCGGAGGUGGCCACGGAGGCAAGGAAAAAUCCGUCCUCCAAGCGAAACUUACCAAACUGGCCAUCCAGAUCGGCUACGCCGGUUCGACGAUUGCCGUUCUGACCGUGAUCAUCCUCAUCAUCCAGUUCUGCAUCCAAACGUUCGUCAUCGAACAGAAGCACUGGCGAAACUCGUACGCAAACAAUCUGGUCAAGCAUUUCAUCAUCGGUGUGACCGUGUUGGUCGUUGCCGUACCGGAAGGUCUCCCGCUUGCCGUCACGCUUUCUCUCGCCUACUCCGUCAAGAAGAUGAUGAAGGACAACAAUCUGGUACGCCAUUUGGACGCUUGCGAAACCAUGGGUAACGCCACUGCCAUCUGCUCGGACAAGACCGGAACGCUGACCACCAACCGGAUGACCGUGGUCCAAUCGUACAUUUGCGAAAAGCUAUGCAAGGUAACGCCCAAAUUCUCCGACAUCCCGCGGAUAGUUGGCGAAGCGAUCAUCGAAGGUAUCUCGCUCAACUCGGCCUACACCACUUGUCUGAUGCCCGGCACCAAUCCGGGAGAUCCGCUCCAGCAGGUCGGAAACAAAACCGAAUGCUCUCUGCUCGGGUUCGUGCAAGGAUUGGGAAAAAGCUACCAAACCAUUCGGGACAGCCAUCCGGAGGAAUCCUUCACCCGGGUGUACACGUUCAACUCGGUGCGAAAAUCCAUGAGUACCGUAAUUCCGAAAUCGAACGGUGGCUACCGGGUGUACUGCAAGGGAGCGUCGGAAAUCGUCCUGAAGAAGUGUUCGUUCAUCUACGGACAGGACGGAGUGCUGGAGAAGUUCACCCGUGAUAUGCAGGAACGCCUUCUGCAUCAGGUGAUCGAACCCAUGGCAUGCGACGGGCUGCGAACCAUUUGUAUCGCGUUCCGAGAUUUCGUCCCCGGCAAGGCCGAGAUCAACCAGGUGCACAUCGACAGCGAGCCCAACUGGGACGACGAGGACAACAUCGUGAGCAAUCUGACGUGUUUGUGCGUGGUCGGUAUCGAGGAUCCGGUGCGGCCGGAAGUGCCGGACGCUAUCCGAAAGUGCCAGCGAGCAGGAAUCACCGUCCGGAUGGUUACCGGAGACAACAUCAACACGGCGCGGUCGAUUGCCACCAAGUGUGGCAUCAUUCGGCCCCAGGAUGACUUCCUCAUUCUGGAGGGUAAGGAGUUCAACCGACGGAUCCGGGACAGCAACGGGGACAUUCAGCAACACCUGCUGGACAAGGUGUGGCCAAAGCUGCGGGUAUUGGCCCGUUCGUCGCCAACGGAUAAGUACAACCUGGUCAAGGGUAUCAUCGACAGUAAGGUAUCGGAUAAUCGCGAGGUGGUGGCCGUCACUGGGGACGGUACGAACGACGGUCCGGCUCUGAAGAAGGCGGAUGUCGGAUUCGCCAUGGGAAUUGCCGGAACCGACGUGGCAAAGGAAGCUUCCGAUAUUAUUCUAACCGAUGACAAUUUCAGCAGUAUCGUCAAGGCCGUCAUGUGGGGACGGAACGUUUACGAUUCGAUUGCCAAGUUCUUGCAGUUCCAGCUGACCGUCAACGUGGUAGCCGUGAUUGUGGCGUUCAUCGGCGCUUGUGCCGUACAGGAUUCGCCUCUCAAAGCCGUACAGAUGUUGUGGAUGAACUUGAUUAUGGACACGUUGGCAUCGUUGGCCCUGGCCACCGAAAUGCCCACGCCGGAUCUUUUGCUACGUAAACCGUACGGCCGAACGAAACCACUGAUCUCACGCACAAUGAUGAAAAACAUCCUGGGUCAAGCGAUCUAUCAAUUGAUCAUCGUCUUUGGGCUCCUAUUCGUCGGUGAUCGAUUCCUAGAUAUUGAGUCGGGUCGAGGUCAACCAUUGAAUUCGGAAGCGACACAGCAUUUCACGAUCAUCUUCAACGUGUUUGUCUUCAUGACGCUCUUCAACGAGCUGAACGCUCGGAAGAUCCACGGCCAGCGGAACAUUUUCGAGGGUCUCUUCACGAACCCGAUCUUCUACAGCAUCUGGAUCGUAACCCUGGUGUCGCAAAUCUUCAUCAUCCAGUACGGCAAGGUGGCCUUCUCGACCAAGGCGCUCAACAUCGAACAAUGGCUGUGGAGUGUAUUCUUUGGCCUCGGAACGCUAAUCUGGGGCCAGAUCGUCACGACGAUCCCCACCCGCAAGAUGCCCAAGAAGAUGGCGUGGGGUCGUGGCGAAGCAGAGUACACUGAAGCGAUCCGACUCGGCGAGGAGCGCUACGACUCGAUGGAUAAUGACAAGAAACCCCGUGCAGGUCAGAUAUUAUGGAUCCGUGGCCUUACUAGGCUGCAGACCCAGCUUCGUGUUGUACGUGCAUUUCGAUCCACAUUAGAAGAUUUAGAAGAACGUCGUUCCAUUCAUAGCUUGCAUAGUCUUAGAAGUUCACGCAGUCAUCCCGGAGGCAUGAGCACGAGUGGUACAAUGACUAGUCAAGGUCUCUCAAAUCUCUUAUAUCCACCAGGUUCCAACAUCCCAACCGGCCGGCUAAUAGGUACUAAUGUUGGCGAUCUUAAGUAUAUUGAUGAAGAUCAAAGACUUCACAAUAAUCAGCACAUAAUAGAGAAAUUCGCGGUUUGGACAAAAUCGACAACAGUAUAAAUUCCUUUGAUAUACGAUUGAAGAAGGGAAGAUCUCGCGCGGUUCAUUGAUUUCUUUCUAAUGAGAGUUUAGAAAGCAAUAAUCUUGUUGGUAGGAUGCGAAUACCAAUAUAACCCAGACUUAGGAACAGUAGCAGGAGUAAAAGAAAAAAAGUGUAGCGGUGCGGAAAGCAAAACGGGAAGAGGAGCACUAGCAAAAUAACAAACGCAAUCAGAGUUCAGAGCAUUUGCAUUUCGUCAUUUAUUCACUUGUUUUCUUUCCAAAGUUGUUACGACCUUGAACGACGAGCUGUGUUUGUUGAGUAGGCGCUGAAGAGGUGCUUUCCCAAGCGAAUAAUGCAGCGCAGCAAAGUAGGCCACCAUCUCUUCUAGAACCAAUACGUAGGAUUGGAAUGAACCGAACGGAACGAGGAAACAGUUGACGUUUUAUUUUUUGUGCGAGAGAAAGCGAGAGAGUGAAAUCAAAGCCAAUGGAUCAUAGUAAAAAAUAUGAACUAAAAGGAAAUGAAAUAGGUCACAGCUUGCUGUGAUUGCUGGACAAGUCGGAACUAUUGUAUAGUAGGAAGAUAAAGCAACCUUUGAAUCAAGUUUAACGGUUUAUAUAGCGAAUAAUAUAUACAUAGACUAGAUCGACACGCGAAACAGAAAAAAAUGAGUAUUAUGUUCGAAUGAUGAAGAAGAAGAAAAAACUUAUGGUUAUUACAAGGAGUUUAAAAGUUUACUUAUGACAAACCACACACUCACCCUUCCACAAACACAGGAACCAAAUCAAGUUGACUUAACCAUUAAACAAACAAUCACAUUUAACUCACACAUUUACAAACCAUUGCUUUUACGAUCAUCACCGAGUCAGAACAACACACGUGGACACACACACUUAUACAACUAUUGUUUAGGUUAUCGACUAGGAGACGUGUGAACAAAAUCGAAUGAACCACUUUGCAAUCAUCGUAGUUAUUCGUGGAGUUUCAGGGUACUCUUUCAAUGAUUUCACACAAAGUAAGUAAUUAGGCAAAAUAUGACAGUUAAAUGACUUAUGUUGCGCAUCAGCGAGGAAAAUCGACCACUAAGUAGAAAUUUCUUUAUGUAAAUCUGAAGGAUCGCAGAGGCAUUUAUCGUUUAAAUUGUUUUGUCCGUCUAUGUUGUUGUUUUUUUUUCUGUCUUCUACUUUUCAUUGUUGAUUAGCACGUCAUGUCACGUUAAAUUUAAACCAAACGUUGAAGGUGAGCUGAGAGCCGUACAUAGUAUAGAGAAGAAAACAAUGUUUAAAGUACUGUUUUUCUGCCUUAUAGUUAAGAACGAAAGAAAAGUGACAAAGUCUUGAAUCGACCUAUUAGUAGAGGUGAAGCACCUUUCAAAACCACACAAAGAUAAAAUCCAAAAAUUAUGAGCAAUUAGUAUAUAUCAAAAGACAGCCGAAUCCCCUCUAGAGAAAGUAAUCUUAAAAGAAAAACAUGAAGAAGAGCGCAGUCGGUCGCCUACUGCUCUCUAUAUACAGAAUAUCUAGUCCUAUUUCCCUAUCCUCUUCAAUCGACGACUGACGAAGACCUAACCUCCAUCCUCUGAACAGACACACGAGCACGUGCGUUUGGAUGCGUGAAAACCAAGCGCUCACACAUAGGGAAGGUUAAAGAAGUAGGCGCAGAGAUUAAAUCGCGAUCGAAAUGAUGAUGAUGAUGAUGAAGUUGAUCAAGAAACUGAUAUCUCUAGGUGAAUUAGGGCAAACAACAAAACAAGCACAGCUACGAAAAUAUAACAAGGAUGUGCGAACGUCUCGCUUCUCGAGAAGUGACACCCGGUUUAUCUCUCGAGUCGGUAUUCUUGUCUGUCAGAGCGCGAAAUCUGCCGAGGCCGCGUAGCUCUGUAAUACCUAUCAGUUGAGAAACGUGUUUGAAAAAGUUUAUCUUAAUUUCCCUUUUGUUUACGUUGUUGUCUAGGCGAUCGCAGGCGGCGUACGGUUCAUUGCCAUCCGCCGCUUGCUUUUGUAAUGCGAUCGUGCUAGAAAACAAAUCCGGGAUCAGUGGAACUACCAUUUUAGGGAUUGCAUUCUGAUCGAUUGAACCACUUUUGCUAUUGAACCAAACGCCUGCUAGGUUUAAACAAUUUUCCCUUAAAAAAAAGAACUAAGUCAACGCCUACUACAUCCUUCCCGACACUUUCCUAUUCAUCAGCCGGCAGCCGAAACUAACCCCGUUAACAAGCGAGACUAGUCGUUUGGAUCGCGUCGUCUUCGCUCGGUCUCAGACAGUCCAACCAAAAAAAAAAAAACAAACAAACAAAAAAUGCAAGCCAUCGAACAAAAAAAAACAAUGAGGAUCGAAUGAAGAUCGACACGCCACUUCCAGGGGUGUGACUGCAGCAUCUUCCAAACUGAGCAAGGAUGAAGCACGCGCACAACGGAAACCGCAAGAACCGUGUGGUGCGUGGCAUGUAUGCAUGCGUACGACGGCGCGUGUCGUGUAAGCGCUAGCAAACAUGCGUAAGAGAGAGACAGUGGAUUGUGGAUUGUAAUGCACUGCGAUUAGGAAAAUCGGGUCUGCAUUCAACGGCGAUUGGCGAUGGUGGUGGUGGUGAUGCCAAGAACGCGUGAUCUGGAAUCUGGAACAGCGCAGCGGUGGGACACGCUUGUCAAUGCAGCCAUCGGCGAACUCCGGAUUGCUCCGGAUCGUGUGGGCAUCGUGGGAAUCCGCGGGGUUUUCGGAACGGUGUUGUUGGUGGGUUGAGGCUAACUAACUUUUGAGAGUUAAGGGACGACAGCAUACAUCUCCGGCUGACAAAACGUGUAACAUAACCUACUAAUGUAUUGUAAUCUAUGCUUCCGAAACUGAAACUGUUUUGUCAUUUUAGGAUCAUUCGGAUGGUUGGACAGAUACCGCCUUGGAUGGAAUGUCGCCUGAGCAGUAGCACUAGACAAGGAUCAUCGGAGAGCUACGAACAACGAAGUCCUCGUAAGGUAGAAACUUCACUUUAUAUGUUCGGUCGUGCGCUUUACGACGACAGCUUGUCGAUCUUGGCACAGCAAAUUGGUGCCAAUACCGGAAGAGCGACAUUGAAUGACCUACCGUGCGUCUCCAUCGGCGCACAUUUUAAAUCAAAGAGUGCUGUGGAAUUUCCAACAUGGAAGGCUGUUGAAGCAGUUGUUCCUCAAGUAGCCAACUAGAUCUGAGAAAAUAGGGAUCAAUUUUCGAUUCGAGAGUUUUCCAGAUCUCCUUCAUUUCAAGCCUAACUUUACCAAACAUCGUAUCUAACAAAAUCCUUGAACGGAGAAAAUUGAAGAUGGAAGUUCGCUGUUCCCAUAGCAACUCAUACAUUGAGUAUAUCAGAAACGGGAAAAAUCCGGGUAUUUUUUCACAAAUCAUCCCCAAAGGUGAGUGAUACAUAUUUAUUUAUUGGCUCUUUAUUAUGGGGAUUUUUAGCCCGAGGCUGGUUUAUCCCUGUGAGUGAUACAAGUAGUCCUCAACGAAAUUCAGCGCCACAUGUGAAAAUCUCUUUUUGUUUACAUAUGUUACAUACGGUGUUUAGUAAAGUUAGGCUUGAUUUCUUGACAGGGUUUGGCAUUAGGCAAUGGUGUUUACAGAGAUGAAUUAUAAGCUCAAGCCUUUCAAGUGUGCACUCAUAAGUAAUCAACAUGAUACGAUCGAACUGUGUUUGUUGAAAUAGGGCUUUGUAUUCCAAGGGUUCACCAAUUCGCGGCGUAUUGAUUGAAAAAUAGGGCGGCGUGAACUUGGAGUACAUUACAAUUUUACCGACAUCUGACCGGAGAUUGUGAUUUUUUUAGGCGAUUUUGAUGGAUUCGUUGGUGAAGAUUUAUCAAAAAUCAUCGUUGUUUCAUCAUGGUUCAGAUGUGAAAAAUUGAUAAUAUGUAUAGGUUGCGGGAUCUUUUGAACGGAGGACCUUCUAUGGUCACUUUCCGCUAUGACAAAGUCAAUUUCAAAUCAACUGACUUGUUCAGUGUAGUCUAGCCCACACACACCACCAACUACUUCACAGAAUUGACUACUUCCUUCAAUUUUCUUGUCAUUAUUAAUGCUUGCAGUACAUCGGAUAUGUAUUACCAGCAAUAAAGUGGUCAGGCCUACUGUGUAGCGUUGUUAUAAAUUCUAUAGACAUCAAUUAACGAGCUCGAGUCUACAUGGACAUCUCGUAUCUACCUUCUCAGCUUUAUAAAAGCAAAAUACGUGAAAAUCUAUGAGAGUGACGUUGUUAAGAAGGUUAAUGUCACUCCUUGGUCCAAUGUUUCCUUGGAUGGGACACAGGUAUUUCCCCCGUAUGUCCUGUCCCUUAUGCCUAGACUCAAGAACCUUUACUCGCUCUCUGAAACGAAACAAAAAUAGUAAUCUCUUCCAAUGAUAUUGCAGUGCAAAACGGAACAAACUCACCAAAGAAUCACGAUCCGAGGGUCACAAAAUCAGGUAUCAUUCGGGCUGAUCAUGAUACAAAAACUCACAACAUAUCCGAUCUCUCACUACGUAUCCUACAGCAGUGAGGAUUCCAGAUUAACUAGCAAUUCUUUUUCUGCAGUUCUUGAAUUUCAUACAAAAAUUCAAGUGAGUGUUGAAGGCGGAGGAAAAAAUGUGAUUACCAAAGUGAAUAUACAGUGCUGUAGCAUAAGGAAUUGUUUUUUUUUUUUGCAUUUUACAGCAGAACUAUUGAACCUUUUAAUUCUUCUUCUUGCCAUAACAGCCAUGAAGCUUGUGGCAAUUGUAGAAGACAGUAUAGCAAGCUUUCGCUGUCAAUGAAUCAACUUGAUCCAACAUCUGAUCGACAAGUAUGCUAUAACUCAAUCACAACUCAAUUCUCUGGAGAAAUUUGUAGAGAAAACCCUGGGAAAUUUUUUAAAGAAAUUUCUGUUGAAGCAUCCAUAGAGAAACCUCCAAACUCUCUAAAAAAUUCCAGAAGAAUUACAGGACGAAAGCCUACAAGAAUGCCAGAAAUAGCUCCUCUAUCGGAGUUCUCGGAUAAAUCCCAGGAGUGGUUUCUUUAGGAAUCCCUAUUGUAAUCUCCGAAGAAAUUCCUGGGGGCAUCCCUAGAGGAAUUCCUGGAUGAAUCUGUAGAUUUAUUCGAGAAAAAAAUCAUUAAUAGAAUUCCUAUUGAAAUCUCUGUAGAAGUGUCUGCUAGGAUUUCAGAGGAAUUUCCGGGAGAAACACACGAAUGAAUUCCAGCAAGAAGUUCUGGAGGAAUAUCAGUAGCAACUCCUGGAGGAAUCAGAGCAGAACAACUUGAGAAAGUCUAACAUGAAUUCGGGGAGCCCAGCAAAAAUUUGUAGAGGGUUCUGUAAAAAAUUUGAGAAAUUUCCAAAGUAACCAAGAGAUAUUCCUGUUAGAAUACCUGAAGGAAUUCUCGGUAAAUCCAUAAAGAGAGCCCUAUGAAGGAACAUCUAUGAAGGAAUUCUGGAGAAAUCCUCAGAGAAAUUCUUGGAUAAAUUGUGAGGGAAUUUUCUGAAAAGAUUACCUAAGUCUUUCAUAGACAUUUUUAGAAAUCCCUUGAGGGAGCCUCAGAGAAAUUCCUGGAAAAAUCCCGGUAGACUUCCUAAAUCCUAAAGGUAAAUCCUGAAACAAUCCCUAGAAAAACCUUAUAUAAAUGUUUGGACGAUUCAUUACCUCUUUCCAAUUUCUUACUCUAGCAGAAAUCUCUAGAUACAUUCCUAAAGGUGUUCCUGUAUAAAAAGAAUCCUGCAGAAAUACCAGAAAAUUUUUUUGGAGGAUUCCCAAGAAAAACUUCUAGAUUGAUACAUCCAGAAAAGGUAUACCAGAAUUUUUUUUGAGGAAACAUAGCAUGGAAUCCACGAUUAAAUUCUGAAAGAACUAGGAGAAUCGAAGCAGAAAUUCCUAGAGGAUACGCAGCAAGAAGUUUAGGUAAAAUCCUAGUACCCAGGAAUAAAAAAAAUCCCUUGGAAAAUCCUUAAGUGAAUUGAUGGAUAAAUCCACGGAAUAGUUCUAGGAGGAAUUUUCGAAAUAUUCGUACAUAAAUUUCCGGAGUCAUCUCUAGAGUUUCUAUGAAAAUUUCUGGAAAAAAUCUGUAGGAAAAUCAGCAUGAAUUUCGAGAGGAAACCUAGCCGGUGAUCGUAAAAGAAUACCAAGAAUACCUUCUGGAGGUAUAAAAGGAGCCCUCCUGAAAAAUAAAAGGGAAAUUUCUGAAGGGAUUGUUAUAGAAAUCUCCGAAAUAAUUCAUGAAGGAAGUCCCAGAGGAACAUCAGCAGUAAUUCCAGGCAGAGAUUCCUGGAGUAAUCACAGUAAAAAUUUAUUGAGGAAUCUCGUCACGAAUUCCUGAAGCGUUUCCUGUAGAAAAUCUUGGAGGAAUCCCAAGAGAAUUUUAUGAUGCAAUCUCUGAAAAUAGUUCGUAGAAAAUGCAUAGAAAAAUCCCAGCAGCAAUUCCUGAAGCAAUCCGAGCAGGAAAUCUACAGAAUUAUUCUCAGCAAAGGUUUUUAGAGCAAUUUCAGCAAGUAUACAUGGAAUAACCCCUGGAGGCAGCUCUGAAAAGAAGAAGCAAAUUAAGCAUCUUUUUCUUUUUGGGAUGAGCUUUGCUAAAAGAAGCUAUUUCCAACCCAACAGAACAUGUUUGGGAAUGUCUUACCCACAUCAAUAGGCAACGUUAGACGUUUGUUUCAGCAAUUUGAGACGAUGUUGGAUAAAGUAUGGCGCUAAAGGAGCAGACUUGUGUUGGUUUGCGAAAAUAUUUGACCGUUUUCGAAAGUGACGCGAGAUUUGUUUGUUACGCAAAGACAUCCAUUAAAUAAAUUAUUAUUGUUUAUAAAAUGGCAAUCCUUAGCGAAAAACACUUAAAAAACUGUCAAAAUCAACAAAAAUUAUAGUUGAUAUAAUGCUUCCAACGCCACCUAGCGGCAGAAAACUAAAACUGUGUCAUACUGCACAUAUUGAUAUAGAAGCAGUAAAUCAGAUGCAAUCAUAAUUUACUGAAAUCUGCUCCCAGUUUCGGUAGGAUACCGUUGGAGAAAUAUCUAAAAAAUCUCAAGUAACAUUUUUAAGAAUAGAAGAAUAACUUAGAACUUUCAUAAAACCAAAAAAGCGCAGUUGUUCUAUUGCGCAGGGUUGUGAAAUGUCAUGGAAAAAAUGUCACCAAUGUUGGCUAGUUUUGCAGCAAUAAUGAUAUCUUCGAUGAAUAUUUCUCUCCAGAGGCAGUUAAAAUGGCAAAUAACCAAAUUACACUUUUUUUUCAUAUUUUCCAACCCUGAUUGCGGUUCCUCACAUAAAAAUGUCCCUCAAAUUGUUGCUUGAGAUUUCCAUACAUAGACAGGGGAUAGACAAAAUGAUCGGGACAGGCAAAAUUUUCGCUUUCCAAAAAAUAGUCAACUAGCUGCUACUUUUCGAAAGGUGAAUCAAAAAUUCUCAAAUUUUUAAAUUUAAAUUUUUGCCUCUCAAUAGUCGAAAUUUGGAAAAUAUCGCAUUAUUCUACAUGGAGCAAGAAAGAUUCUGGUAAAAGGCAUAAUUAUCCGAUAGCCAACUUUGAACUGUUUUAUCUCCGGAUUCAGUGAACCGAAUGCUAUGAAAUUUUGAGCAUUCAUAACUUAUAUAAAGACUAGCUGUACCCGGCAAACUUUGUCUUGCCUACUGCGUUUUUUGACGUUUCAAGUUUCUAGCCAAGACCAAGUCCCCGGUCAAAAUGCAUGGAAGAUCGAUUUUCAAAAACUCUCAAUUUUUCCAUCCUUUUGCCUCAUAAACCUUCCUUGGGUGAAAACUAACAGAACAAAACUAAGACGAACAAAAUCGGUCCUUCCGUUCGCAAGUUAUGCGCGGUCUCACGUAUGCCACUGCAUUUUUAUAUAUAUAGAUAAUCAAAUCACCCGGAUAAUCAAGCCAUUUGGUUUUUCGUUUCCUUUUAGCGUUCUAUGUUAGGGUAACUUUAUUUGUAUUCCUUCAGAAAAUGUUUCUGGACAGUUGUACAAGUGUUUAGUCUAGGAUUUGUCCGAGAAUAUUUACAGAGGAUUGAUACAGGACUUCGAUGUAGGGUUUUCACCAAGAACUCCGGGAAUAUUAUCAUAAGGAACUACUGAAUAUGUCUAGAAGAAAAAAACCAAGGAAACUCCAGAAGAAACUCGAGAGAGAUCCCCAGAAGAAACAUCUAGAGUAUUGCCAACCCUAGUGAUAUUUUUAGCCAAAUAGACUAGAAGAGGUUCUUAGAAACAUCAUGAAACCAAAAUAAUAGAUAUUAGGUUUUAUGACGGUUCUCAAAACUUCUACAAGAUUAAUUUGUCUGGAAAAUGUAUCUUGGAAAGAGAAACUCCCGAAAAAAUCCGAAUAGGUACGCUUGAAAGAAACCCAGUAGGAAAUGCCUGAGAAAUUCCAAAAACCGUCUUGGGAUUAAUCCAUCAGAAGCUAUUGGAGGACUCCGAGAGCGAAGUCGUGGAUGUAAUCCGGAAGGAGCUUGGUCACUACAUAAUCCUUGAAGGAUUUCUCAGAAUGAACACCUGAUCUGCCGUGUGCAUCAUAGUUGUCCCAUGUCUUAUGGGAAUCCCCAUUAACUGGGGACAUUUAUGCUGCACAAUGCAGUGAUGCAAUCUUAAAAAAAACUUUUGGGGAAUCCCAGUAAGCACUUCUGGUGGAAAUCUGAGGUGAAAUUUCUAAAAAGUUUUCUUGGAAAAACUUUGGAGGAAUUACUGGAGUAAUUUUAGAAUGAGAAUCUGGGCAACUACCAGAUGAAAUUCCUGAAAAAGUUUCAAGAGUAUCUUUUGGGUAAAACCCAGAAUGAUUUCCUUGAGAAAAUCAGAUUCCUGGUUGUUUUUUGAAACUAUUUCCAGGAGAAAUUUAGAACGGGACAUCCUAGUUGAUUUAUGAAGAAAUUCCUGAAAUCGCAAAGAACAGCUGUCAGCUGAUUAUUAUACAUCGAAUUCCAAGAGCUAACCAAGUAAAGUUGUACGAGUUUUCCUAGAAGAAUCCCAGAAACAUUCUUGAGAGAAUCCUAGGAAGAACUUCUUGCGGAAAUAUAAGAGUCGUUCUAGAGAGAUUCCAAGAGAUUGCAUAGAAAAAUCCCAUGAUAUCUUAAAGGUAUUCCAGAAGAAGCUCCUCAAUGAAUUCGGGAAGGAAUCUCGUAAAAAAAACUCAUGGAGGUUUUCAUGGUUUAACUUCCAAUAGUGUAAACCAAUGGAAGUAGAUUUACGAGGUCCAAAUACAAUUACAAAUAGAAAUUGUUCGGGAACCCUGGUGGAUUUCCCGCACGAACUGCUAAAGAUAUUUCAAGAGGAUCUACUGCAAAUACCUUAGAAGAACCAUCUCUAGGAAUGCCAACUUAUUUUCUAAAGAAGUAAUACUUCUUUAUAAUCAAGAAAUUAACGGGACGAAUUCCAGAAAAAUAUGGAUGAAUCCCACAAGAUUGUGGAAUUUGAUUGAAUGAAUUUUAGAAGAAAGCUCCUAAAGAAUCACACGAGAAAUUCUGGAGAAAUGCUUAAAAUUGCUUCCACUUUAAGAAUACAAACGAACUUUACAUGACGCCCUUACUCAGACCAGAGAAAAUAGGUAGAGAAGCGAAGAGUGUGAAGCCAAAAAUACACCGUCAAACUGGUAUCCUAUCGAGCAAAAUCAACAAACCUUGACGAUUACCGCAUAAGUGAAGAUAAGUAUUGCAAUCAUUUGAAACAUAUUUUUUACCAAAGUUUUUAAAUACCAUGGAUAACAGUAUAAAUAACAUUGAUUCCUUGAAAUGAUGAAAAUUGUUCCAUUUUGGAACAUCAGUUUGAUAAUGCCUAGUUAAUAAAACAACAGUAUAAGUUUUCAAAUGCGGUAUGCAAGAUAGGCACUACCUUCGAUGGGUGGAUUAAUCUGCUUUGCUGCAGUUGCCAGCAUCCGAGCGAUGAAAUCAAAACAGAAAAAGUGUUGCCGUUCUGGCGGCUGUUCACUCUUCGCUUCUCUACCUAUUAUCUCUGACUCAGACGUAAACAUUCAACAACUCAAAUUCACAAGCACUAUGCUGAAAUUAACGUUCUUUUUGUGAAAUUAAGUCUAACAACGGAAAAUGUAACCAACUCGUUUGAAAUGAGGUCUUAUAAGACGGAAAAGUACGUGUUUUAACCUAUAUAUUUACGUCUCCUAAGAUGCUCCUAUAUGUCAGGAUCAGGAUCCUAUGAGAUUGUAUGAAGCAUUCAUAGAAUAAACUGUUGCAUCAAUCAUAACAGGAAUUCCCGAAGGAAUCAUAAGAGAAACCCGAUUGAAUUCUUCAGGAAAUUUAUGUAGAAACUACUGGAUGAAUUCAAAAACAAACGUUUGGAGCAAUGUCAGCAAGAACUUCUUGAGGGAUCUCAAAAAAAGCUUCUCGACAUAUUGCAAGAGAUAACCAAGCAGAAAUGUACAAGACUACCUAGAGAAAUCGUUGAAACGUUUUUUAAGGAAUCCCAGAAAGCAUCCUAAAAGUCCUUUUGAAUGAAAUUUAAGGGAUUACACGGGAGUAUCCCCCGUGAGAAUACGCAAAGGAGUUUCAAAAGAAACUCUUUAAGAAAAUCCCACAUGAAUAUUUCUUAACGACCCAACGCCAUGUCAAAUAAAAGUCACGGCAGCUUCAGUUUUGGUUGUAUAAUAUAAUACAAUGUUAGAAUUAUUAUUAUUGGCUCUUUAUUAUGGGGAUUUUCAGCCCGAGGCUGGUUCAUCCCCGACAAUGUUAGAAGUAAGUCACAGAAACUUUAAUACAGCCAUAUCUUGCGCUGCCGUGAUUCAUUUAUGAUAUGUCUGUUGCUUGUGGAAUUCUAGGAGAUAAUUAAAGAAAUCCUACGAGAUGCAAUCCCAGAGACAUUCAUCGAGGAAUUCCAGUACCGUCUACCCCCGUUGGUUUGACCGCACGUAAUCUGAACACUUUUUAGUUUGACCCCUCUAAUCUGCACAUCGUUCAAACUAAUGAUGGUUCAAACGUCAUUCUGCUAAUGGAACGGUGUGAAACGGAACGCAGAAUCAAAACAAAACACCAAAACAGGUUGCCAGUAGUGUUUUUCGAUGCAAACAGGGUUGCUAGAAGUUCAAAUUAGAAAUGGACCCCUUUGGUUUGCAUGAGUUGUCGUUCAAACCAACGGGGGUAGACGGUAGCACCCUUGAUAAAGUAAUUAUAGAAGAACUUCUCGAAGAAUCUCUUACUACUAUUACUAUUUAGAAAAUCCCUACUCUACGGCUACAAAACAGCAUAAAUAAGGAGAUCGUAGCAGGCUGUGCGCGCGAGCGACUGCUUUCAAAACUGUCACGCGUUUUUUUUGCUUCGUGUUGUUUUGAAUAUGGUCGCCUUUGAAUUGAGAAACUUCUGGUGGUGCUAUUCCUUAUGGGUAGUACGCAGAUCCCAAGAAAUUUCUUGGCCUAUCUUGAUGCGUGAGAAAUUCAGGCAAGGAUUCGCCCAAGAAAUAAGCAAGCGCCGCUUUAUUCCGGAUCCUAGUACGUUGCUGAAAUGAAUCGUCAAAUGAAAUAGGGCUUGCUGUGUUAAAUUUCUUGACCAUUCCGGUCACGGAAAAAUAAUACACUGAACGAAAAUUACUUGAGUGAUUCCGUUUGAAGUGUAUGCACUCGCAUUACUCAGGGUGCGCCUCGAGAAGUGCUUGCAAAUCAAUUUUCGAUGUGCAACAUUUUUCGCUUACCUGACGGUUCAGUGGAUCGUGUAGUGUUGAGUAGGAUAAUUUACGAUUGUUGUGAGAGUUUUUCUUAUUUCCGGCACUCCGGAGUUCGUCUUCGUUUUCGCAGGGUUUCCGUGUAAUUUUUGGUGAUAUUUCUGGAGUGGACAGCCACGUGGAGACGCAAAUGGUAGUCAACAAGUUUGUCUCGAGAAUACUGGAAUUCGUAUAAUUUGGUGAGUUUGUUCCUCAAGAAUCUCAAGAGGAAGUUUAGUUGGUUUAAUCGCCUCGCUGGGGGGAGCAAAACUGGAUUCGUAAAUUCAAAUUUCAACAGAAUUGAUUUUUAGUUUUUAUUCUUUGUUUGCUAAUGAAUCAACAAACUGUCUAUUGAUUAUAACUUUUAUAGAAUGUUUACGACAAACCAGUAAAUUGAAAAAAAAAAACUUGUUGGCUUAGAUAUUUUUUAUUUAAGAUAUUCGAAAUUGGAAUUAGGGUUUGUGUUCCAUCAGUAAUCUCACGCUCCCAAUUUCAUCCUAUUUGAAAACAAGCGAUUACGGCACCGAUUGAUUCCGUUCUUUUUGUUUUCAUGCGUGCUCACUUCUAACAAAAAAUACAAAAAUAAGAAACAAAACAAACAGUGCUUCAUUCCUUUGUUUUUCGUAGGAUGAAAAUGGGAGCCACAUGCUUAAUAAGGGAACCAUUACCCUAUCAUACAAAUUUUUCAAAUACCAAAAUUCUUCACACAGUCAUAUUUUGACAAAUUCGAACAUUUCUUCAACCAUUAGUUCCCUAUUUGAUCCUUUGUUUAGUUCUACUGUGGUCAGACAAACGUCCCUGAUGGUAAUUGAAGGUUAUAUGUUAUCAAGUUAUAUUGGCUCAGUUAUGAUGCUAUUAUUUUUACAUUAUAGUUUUGUAGUUAUAAACUUUCUAUCACAAAAGUCCAAAUGUGACAAACAGUAAUUCAAACUAAAUUUAACUAUUCAAUUGUUUUUGCGGCGGCUUGGCCCCAAAUUAAUCAUUAUCAUAGUUCGAUCGCGAUUUCAGUCGAUCCGGAAGAACUUCCAAAAAUCGGGAGGGCAAAGCGUUAGAAAGAAAUACAGCGACAUGAAACAUUCAAACCAUGACCAAAUACUAGCACUAAAAAUAAAACAACCGAAAGCCAUUAUUAAACUACGUCGACGUAGAAGCGAAAGCGUUUUCUUGUAAAAUAAUAAAUAUAAAUAAAUUAGGAAGAACAAAAAAAAAAAACAAUCGUGUAUUUAAUACUGAAUCAGAAACCAAAACCGUAGAGAAGUAAUCACACGAUUGUCGAGAUAUUUACGCAAUAACUGAGAAAAAAAGAAGAAGAAAAAGUAGCAGAGAAAAAUCCAUUUUUACGACACUAAGAAGCAAAAAACUAAAGAAUAAAAAACAAGGUAUUUUUACUGUUAUAUAAAAAAGCGAAAACUAAACUAGGAACACAGUCACCGAGAUAGAGCCCGGUGUUAUUCUGUUACAAUACAAACACCGCUGUAAAUUAACCCCAUUUGAUGAGAGGUGCUGUAGAAGCAUUAGUGGAGUAACUACUCUUAAAAGAAACGUGAAAUGACAGCUGAAAAACGGUAGACAUUAAAGAAAAAAGAAACAAAAACAAACAAACCAAAAAUAAUAACGACCGGAUAUAAGUUUCGUGUUACCAAGUUGAAACAUAAAUAAGUAAUAAAUUAACAACAAAAAAAAAAACCAAAGCGCUAAAACCUGAGGCAAAGUGAUGAGAUCGCGACGUUAGUCGGCAUGAAAACAAUAGACAAAGGUAAUCGCACGCAGAGAGGUAGAUACAGAUCUAGCAGUCAGUACUUAUAAUCGAUUGUAACGACACCCACACUUACACAGAAAUCAAUUUCAAGGGCAAGCAUUACCAAACAUGUCAGAAAGGCGGCUUUAUUAAGCCAACAAUGGAGCGAAGGAGUGAUUUUUCCCUUGCGAAGCAGCAAGGAUUUUGAGACUUUUCGAUACUUUGCUCUCCAUAAACGAUCGCAGUAGGUCACAAACAUGGUUUGGUAGGGAUUCCAUGGGAACGCUCGUUAGCGACAUUCAUUGAAUCUGUUUUCUGAAUACUACAGUUUAUGAAGUUUUGAACUUUUUUUUUUAUAUUUCCACAAUUGCAACUUCAAGAAUAUUAUCAGCAAAAAUUGUGAGAAUACUUCUAAAAUAUUGACGAUCUGUGAUAGAUACCUGCGUUACUGCAGCAAACGAAUAAAGUUUAUCAAUACUUCUUUAAAGACGAGUUCUUUUAUGCUUCCAGAGAUUCUUUGAAAUACUGCAUUUCUUCAGUACACGAAAGUUAAAGAUUGCAACUUUUUGAGAAAUGAAAUGACGAUAUAGGCCAUUUUUGUUCGCUUCGGUUGAAAUGGCAAAACCUACUGCGUCUUUCGUUACAUAAUCAGAAAAAAAUGUGUAUAUGGGGGAUAACUGAGGCUUCUUUGUUGACGAUCACUGCUUGCUAUGAUCAAUUUUUUUUCCGAACUGCUUUUGCUGCGCAGUUUUGUUUCGCUGUAAGGAUUCCAACACGAUCCAAGUUGUCGACUACUUAUAACACGAAAAAGUUUCAGUUUAACGAUGCGUACUGCUCACGAGGUCAACAUUUCACGAUACGUAGAAAUUACGGUUUGAGCAACGUACCGGGCGUGCCACUGAAAAAGGCGUAAUUUAGCUAAGUAAAUAAGCAUUUUUAAAUAACCAUCUUAGAUAUGAACAGAACACGGUGGCGCGGCGUUCCAAAAGCUACGCCAGCGCCAAUACACUCUAAAAAAAAUCCACAUUCUAUUGUGCACGUACAUACAUACGUUUGAAUGGAAUGGAAAUACGAAGUAACACCAAAAUUAGCUCCCACACGUGAAAACCAACCCAUUGAGAAUCAUUCACCAUGACAUUCGUAGACACACCUUUGAAGACAUUUAUAACUAACCGAGGCAAGACAGCAGCUAUAUAGGAAGAGAAACCAAUUCUUAAAGAAAUAACAACAUUCUGCAUGUGUAACACAAAAGAAAGACGGCAAAAUCAGACUUUCGAUAAAAUUUCAAAUAUGUAAGACACAUUUUCGGACACGGAAAAUUACACGCAAAUACACAAACACACACACACACACACAUCGGUUUGAUAGUAGUUGUUAUUCCUGACUAGUAGGUAAUUGAAGAGAAAAAAAGAAAUCAAACCAAUCCAGUGCUCUAUUGUGUGGAUAAUUUAUUGAAUUUGAAAAUUUCCGUUUCGAAGUUUUGAUUUCGGUGAUCCGUUUUCAAUUGUUGCUUUGAAUUUGAACGUUUUGCUACAGUCAAAUACUGUUGUUAGAAAAACAAAAAAAAAACUAUAAAAAAUAAAUAAAAAUCGCGGGUAAAAUAACGUUAAUGAAUACAACACAAACACAACUGUAAAUGCACUGGAUGAAGAGAGUCGUGUUAGCGCAUUUCAGAGUGCGCAGAACAGAGUACUCGGAAAGUCAAGGCACACUUGGAUGGGUACGACGAGACUCCCAGAAAGCGUUCCCAAACAUAGCAUCCAAACCAUGUCGCAAUCGACUAAAAAAAACGGUUGCUUUGUUCGCAGAUUAUUACCAAAAUAAGACAACCAAGCGUUAUGAGUGGAUGGUUGGAUGGGAAAUGGGGAAGAGCCAGUAACGCACGUGCCGUCGUCCUCGUUUCGCUGCGUUUCUUGGUGCUAUCGGAUAUUAAAAGUUAAAACAACCCUGAGAAUUCGAGAAGGCAGUUGGAGGAAACUAUACUUUUCUGAGAGAGAUAUUGAAGCGGGGGCGUAAUCAGGUUUAAUCGAUCAUGCUUAUUAACAUUGGUGCCAGUCUCCUAGUUUGAAAAAGGGAUUGUCACGAAAUCUUAUCGAACUGCUAUUAGUUUUUCACGAACAGUUUACACAAGUCUGCAAAUCAAUCCAAGUUUCAAUGUAAGGGCCAAUUAGUUUCAGGAAAGUUCUGUAGAUUCUCAUAAAACCUUCAUUCUUUUAUUCUGCUUUUGAUGGUUCUGAUGAUCAAUAAAACAUCAUUUCACAUCUCGUCAUCAACACCAAUACUAAUGUUCUAUGUUUCUGUCAGCCAUAAAACUCAUAACUGUCAUUACUGGAGCAAUCUAUGAAUGCAUUCCUGAAGAAAUCUCUGGAAAUUCUCACAGGAAUUCCUACAAGAACUCCGGAGGAAUCUGUAAAGGAAUUCCUGGAGGACUUCCCGGAAAAAUCCUGGAGAAAUUCCCGAAUAAAUCUCACGAGGAAUUCCUGAAGAAAUCGCUGGAGAAGUUCACGGAGAAAUCCCCAGAAGAAUUUCUGGAUGAAUUGCAGGAGGAAUUCCCGGAGGUAUCCGUGAAGGAAUUAUCGCGGGAAUCUCUGGAUAAAUUCCCGAAGAAAUCUAUCAGCGAUUUUUCGAAGAGAUCCUUGCAGGAAUCGCUGGAGACAUUUCCAGCAGAAAUUCUCAGAGAAACCUCUGGAAGAGUUCCCGGAGAAAUUCCUGAAGAUAUUUCCAAAGAAAUCUGAUGCGGAAAUCCCUGGAUAAAUUACCGCAGGAUUCCCUGAGGGAGGUCUCGGAGAAAUUUCCGGAGGAACCUCUGAGAGUAUUCUUGAAGAAAUCCCUGGAUGAUUUCCCGUAGGAACCACUGCAAAAGCUCUCAGAGGGAUCCGUGGAGGAAUUCCCGAAAAAUCCCUGGAAGGAUUCCUGGUGAAACCUCAAGAUAAAUUCCAAAAGAAAUCCCUGAAGAAAGAAUUCUUGAAAAAAAAAACCCUGGAGAAAUGCACGGUAGAAUCUGCAGGAAUACUAGUACGAAUCCCUGGUAGAAUUUGAGCAGAAAUCCCUCGCAGAAAUUUUGGAUGAUCUCCUGCAGAAAUUUCCGUAGAAAUCUCUGGAGCAAUUCCUGCAGUAUACACUGGAGGAAUUACAGGAUUAAUCCCCGGAGGAACUCCCGGAUGAGUCUCUCGAGAAAUUGCCGGAGGAAUUCCAUUAGAAACUCCCAGAGGAAUCCCUGAUGGAAUUCCUUAUGAAGUCGCUGAGGGCUUGUCCAUAAACUACGUAGACUCUAAGGGCAAAAGUCUACGCUCCAUACAAAUUUUUGUAUGAAAAAAAGUCUACGAAGGGAAAGAGAUGACCAAAAAAUGAGUCCACGUAGUUUAUGGACAGCGCAUGAAGAAAUUCCCGAUGAAAUCUGUGAAGGGUUUUCUAAUGGAAUCUCUGAAGGUAGAUUUUCGAAAGGAAUUCUCGGUUGAAUUUCUGUAAAUAUAAGAACAUCCAGGAGAAAUCCCUGGAAAAACUUCCACAAGAAUGCCUGAAAAAACUCCCGAUUGAAUCUUUGGAUGAAUUCCCGAUAUAAUCUGUGGAUGAAUUCUAAAUGGAAUCUGAUGGAAUUUUAAAUACAAAUCCUGAUGAAAUUUCCAAAAGAAUCGCUGAAAAAAAAAAGCCGAAGGAAGAACUCUCUUUAGAAUCUCUGAAGGAGUGCUCAAAGUAGUCCCUGAAGGAAUUCCCAAUGGAUAUCUGAAAGAAUUCCUGAUGAAAUCUUUAAAGGAAUUGUUGAUGAAAUGUCUGAAGGAAUAGCUGAGCGAAGCUCUGAAGGAAUUCCCGAUGGAUUCUCUGAAAGAAUUCCAGAUGGAUUAUCUUAUGGAAUUUCAGAAGGAACCUUGAAAAAAAAAAAAAUACCCGGGUGAAUCACUGGAGAAAUCCCUGAAGGAAUCCUGAAGGAAUCUCUGGAAGAAUUUCUUGGGGAAUCCCUGAAGGGAUUCCCGGAGGAAUUUCUGAAAGAAUUCCCGGAUGAUGGCACUCUCGGAGGAAUCCGUAAAGGAAUUUCUGAAGAUAUCUCUGAAGAAUUUUCCGGAAGAAUGAUUGAAAAAAAAAAUUCCAGGAGAAAUUCCCGGAAGAAUCUGCCGGAAUUCCAGUAGAAACCUUGGAAGAAUUUCCGGAGAAAUCCCUGUCAGAAUUCUCGGGGGAAUUCCCUAAAGAAUUUCUGGAGGAAUUCCAGAAGAAAACCCUGGAUCAAUUCCUGAAGAAACUACAGGAUUAAUCCCUCCCUGGGAGAGCUCCCGGAUGAAUCUCUCGAGGAAUUCUAGGAGGGAUUCCCGGAGGAAUUCCAUUAGAAUCUCCCAGAGGAAUUUCCGAUGGAAUCUCUAAAGGAAUUCCCGAUGGAAUCUCUGAUGGAGUUUCCGAAGGAAUUUCUGUGAGCAUUCCCGGAGGAAUCUUUGAAGGAGUAAUCUCUGAAGGAAUUCCUGGAGAUACUUCUUUAGGAUUCCCCGGAAGAAUGAUUGAUAAUCCCUGAAGAAUUCCUGGAGGAAUUCCCGAAAAAAACCCGGGCCAAUUCCUGAAGGAAUCCCAGGAUUAAUCCCUGGAAGAACUCCCGGAUGAAUUCGGAGAGAUUCCCGGAGGAAUUCCAUUAGAAUCUCCCAGAGGAAUUCCCGAUGGAAUCUCUGAUGGAGUUUCCAAAAGCAUCACGGAAAAAAAAUCCGGGUGAAUCACUGGAGAAAUCCCUGAAGAAAUUCCCGAAGGAAUUAACGGAACAAUCUCUGAAGGUAUUCCUUGAAGAAUUAUUGAUAAUCCCUGAAGAAAUGUCCGGAAGAAUUCUUGAAAAAAUCCCUGGAGAAAUUCCCGGAAGAAUCUGCAGGAAUUCCCGAAGAAACCCCUGGAGAAAUUUCCAGGGAAAUCCUUGUCGGAAUUCUCGGGGGAAAUUCCCGAAGAAAACCCUGGAGCAAUUCCAGAAGGAAUCCCUGAAGGCAAUACAAGAUUAAUCCUUGGAAGAACUCCCGGAUGAAUCUCUCUAAGAAUUUCAGGAGGGAUUCCCGAAAGAAUUCCAUUAAAAUCUCCCAGAGGAAUCUUUGAUAGAGUUCCCGAAGGUAUCCGGGAAAAAAAAUCCCGGGUCUUUCAUUGGAGAAAUCCCUGAAGGAAUUCCCGAAGAAAUUUCUGUGAGAAUUCCCGGAGGAAUCUCUGAAGGAAUCAACGGAACAAUCUCUGAAGGAAUUCAUGAAGAUACUUCCGAAGGAUUUCUCGGAAGAAUUAUUGAUAAUCCCUGAAGGAAUUCCCGGAAGAAUUCUUGAAAAAAUCCCUGGAGAAAUUCCCGGAAGAAUCUGCAAGAAUUCUAGAAGAAAUCCCUAGAGGAAUUCCCGAAGAAAACCCUGAAGCAAUUCCUGAAGGAAUCCCUGAAGGCAUUACAGGAUUAAUCCCUGGAAGAACUCCCGGAUGAAUCUCUCGAGGGAUUGCAGGAGUAAUUCCCGGAGGAAUCCCAUUAGAAUCUCCCAGAGGAAUCCCUGAAGAUAGUCCCUAUGAAAUCUCUAAAAGAAUUCCCGAUGGAAUCUCUGAAGGAAUUGCUGAUGGAAACUCUGAAGGCAUUCCCGAUGGAUUUUCUGAAGGAAUUCCUGAUGGAGUCUCUGAUGGAAUUUCCGAAAGAAUCCUGGAAAAAAAUCCCGUUUGAAUCACUGGAGAAAUUCCUGAAGGGAUUCCCAAAGGAAUCCUUAGAGGAAUGUCUGGAGAAAUGCCAAAAUGGAAUGAAUUCGGAGGAAUCUCAAAAGGAAUGAACGAAACAAUCCCUGAAGGAACUCGCGAAGGAAUCUCUGAAGGAUUUCCUGCAAGAAUUAUUGAAAAAAUACCUGGAGAAAUUCCAGGAAGAAUCUGCAAGAACUCCAGUAGAAAUCCCUGAAUAAAUUUGCGGAGAAAUCCCAGGCGGAGUCCUAGGGUGAAUUCUUGGAGGAAUUCCCUAAGAACCCCUGGAGUAAUUCCUGAAAGAAUCCCUGAAGGAAUUUCGGGAUUAAUCUGUGGAAGAACCCCGGAUGAAUUGCACAAGGGAUUCCCGGAGUAACUCCCGGAAGAAUCCCAUUGAAUUCCCGGAGUAACUCUCGAAGGAAUCCCAUUGAAAUCUCCCAAAGGAAUCCCUGAAGAUAUUUUCUAUGAAACCUUUAUAAGAAUUCUCGAUGGAAUCUCUGAAGGAACUGCUUAUGGAAGCUCUGAAGGCAUUCCCGAUGGAUUCUCUGAAGGAAUUCCUGAUGGAAUUUCCGAAGGAAUCCUGAAAAAAAAAAUCCCAUUUGAAUCACUGAAGAAAUUCCUAAAGGGAUUCCUAAAGGAAUCCCUGGAGGAAUUUCUGGAGAAAUGCCAUAAUGGAAUAAAUUCGGAGGAAUCUCUAAAGGUAUUAACGGAACAAUCUCUGAAGGAACUCCCGGAGGAAUCUGUGAUGGAAUUCCUUGAGAUAUCUCUGAAAGAUUUCCCGGAAGAAUUAUUGAAAAAAUCCCUGGAGAAAUUCCAGGAAGAAUCUGCAGAAACUCCAGUAGAAAUCCUGGAGGAAUUUCCAGAGAAAUCUCUGUCGGAAUUCCAGUAGGAAUUUCCGAUGGAAUCCCCAGAGCAACGCCUAAAGGAAUUCCUGUAGCAAUUUCAGGAAUAAUUUCUCGAAGUACCCCCGAGGGAUUGCAGGAGGGAUUCCCGGAGGAAUCCCAUUAGAAUAUCCCAGAGGAAUCCCUGAAGAAAUUCUCUAUGAAAUCUCUACAAGAAUUCCCGAUGGAAUCUCUGAUGGAAUUUCCGAAUACCUGGAGAAAUUCCAGGAAGAAUCUACAGGAACUUCAGUAGAAAUCCCUGAAAGAAUUUCCGGAGAAAUCCCAGGCGGAAUUCUAGGGGGAAUUCCCGAAGAACCCCUGGAGCAAUUCUUGAAGGAAUCCCUGAAGGAAUUUCAGGAUUAAUUCCUGGAAGAACCCCCGGAUGAAUCUCUCGAGGGAUUGUAGCAUGGAUUUCCGGAGUAAUCCCUGGAGGAAUCUGAUUGGAAUCUCCCAGAGGAAUCCCUGAAGAUAUUCCCUAUGAAAUCCCUAAAAGAAUUCCCGAUGGAAUCUCUGAAGGAAUUGCUGAUGGAAGUUCCGAAGGAAUCCUGAAAAAAAAAAUCCCGUUUGAAUCACUGGAGAAAUUCCUGAAGGGAUUCCCAAAGGAAUCCUUGGAGGAAUUUCUGGAGAAAUGCCAUAAUGGAAUGGAUUCGGAGGAAUCUCUAAAGGGAUGAACGAAACAAUCUCUGAAGGAAUUACUGGAGAUAUUUCUGAAAGAUUUCUGGAAUAAUUAUUGAAAAAAUACCUGGAAAAGUUCCAGGAAGAAUCUGCAGGAACUCCAGUAGAAGUCCCUGGAGGAAUUUCCGGAGAAAUCGCUGGUGGAAUUCUUGGAGGAAUUCUUGAAGAAACCCCUGGAGCAACUGAAUGAAUCCCUGAAGGAAUUACAGGUAUAAUCCCUAGAAGAACUCCCGGAUGAAUCUCUCGAGGGAUUGCAGGAGUUAUUCCCGGAGGCAUCCAAUUAGAAUCUCCCAGGGAAUCCCUAAAUGAAUCCCCGAUGGAAUCGCUGAAUUAGCUCCCGACGAAAUCUCUGCAAAAAUUGCUGAUCGAAUCUUUGAAGAAAGAUUUUCCAAAGGAAUACUCGAAUGAAUUUCUGGAGGAAAUCCAGAAGAAAUCUCUGGAUAAACUUCCAUAAGAAUACCAGAAGAAACUCCCAAUGGAAUCCCUGAAGGAAUUCUCAAUGAAAUCUCUGGUGGAAUUUGUAAUAGAAUCCCAGGUGAAAUUUCCGAUAGCAUAGCUCAAGAACUGCCGAAGGAAGAAACUCCCUAUGGAAUCUCCGAUGAAAUCUCUGAAGGAAUUCUUGAUGGAACUUUCCGAAGGAACCCCUGAAAAUAUUCUCUUGAGAAAUCCGUGAAGGAUUUCAGAAGGAAUUUCUGUGAAAAUUCCCGGAGGAAUCUCUGACGGAAUGCCUGGCGGAGUCUCUGAUGGAAUUCCUGGAGAUGUCUCUGAACAAAUUCAUAAAGGAAUCCCUGAUGGGAUUCCCGGAGGAAUUCCUGGAGAUAUAUUUGGAAAAAGCUCUGAAGAAUUUCCUCAGGGAAUUCCUCGAGGAAGCCUUGGAUGAACUUCUAGAGAAACCCCUAAAGUAAUUCUCAAAGGAACUCUUGGAAGAAUUCCUGGCGGACUCUCUGAUAGAAUUCCCAUAUGAAUCCCUGGAAGAAUUUCUGAUGGAACCUCUUGAAGUUCUGAAAGAGUUCCCAAAAGGAUUCUCUUAAGAAAUUUCCGAUGGAAUCUCUGAUGGCAUUCCCAUGGCAUUUAAGAAAUUCCGGAGGAAAUCCUGUGGAAAUUCCCGGAAGAAUCUCUCAAGGAAUUCCUGGAGAUGCCUCUGAACAAAUUCGUAAAGGAAUCUCUGAUGGAAUUUCCGGAGGAAUCCCUGGAGGAAUUCCCGGAGAUAUCUUUGGAGAAAGCUCUGAAGAAUUUCCCCAGGGAAUUUCUGGAGGAGUCCUUGGAUGAACUUCCAGAGAAAUCCCUAAAGUAAUUCUCAAAGGAACUAUUGGAAGAAUUCCUGGUGGACUCCCUGAUAGAAUUCCCAUAUGAAUCCCUGGAAGAAUUUCCGUUGGAAUCUCUGAUGGCAUUCCCAAGGCAUUUAAGAAAUUCCGAAGGAAUCCCUGUGGAACUUCCCGGAAGAAUCUCUGAAGGAAUUCUUGGAGGAAUCUCUGAUAGAAUUCCUGGAGAUGUCUCUGAAGAAAUUCAUAAAGGAAUCUCUGAUGGAAUUCCCCGAGGAAUUCCCGGAGAUAUCUUUGGAGAAAGCUCUGAAGAAUUCCCUCAUGGAAUUCCUGGAGGAAUUCUUGGAUGAACUUCUAGAGAAAUCCCUAAAGUAACUCUUGGAACUCUUGGAAGAAUUCCUGGUGGACUCCCUGAUAGAAUUCCCAUUUGAGUCCCUGGAAGAAUUUCCGAUGGAACCUCUGGAAUCUCUGAUGGCAUUCCCAUGGCAUUUAAGAAAUUCCGAAGGAAAAAUGGAAAAAUUCCCGGGUGAAUCUCUGAAGAAAUCUCUGAAGGAAUUUCCGGAGGAAUUUUUAAAGGAAUUCCUGGAAGAAUCCCUAGAAGAAUUCCCGGAGAUAUCUUUUGAGGAAUUUUCAGAAUUUUCCCAAGGAAUUCCUUGAGGAAUUCUUGGAUGAAUUUCCAGAGAAAUCCAUAAAGUGAUUCUCGAAGGUACCCUGGGAGAAUGCCCGAAGCAAUCCCUGGAUUAAUUGCCGGACGUACUGAAAGAAUAACUUCUUCUGUACGGAAACCCACUUUUACUUCGUGUGUUCCUCAAAUAUGACCUCCUUGGGAUGGUUUCGUAGUGCCUGCUUCAUAAUACCCCAGUAUUUCUCGAUGGCCGUUAGUUGCGGGGUAUUGGUGAGAUUCAUGGCCUUGGGUUCUUGGGUACGAAAGUGACCCCGUUGGCUUCGUACCGCAGAACCCCAGAACAGCUUCUGAAUGUAGUGGAAUGAAACUUGACCUGGCCAUAAGAUCGUAGAGCUCACGAGCCGUUUGAACAGAUGACGCAGACGCUUCUGCAGACACCACUUGUGGUAGAUCUCCCCGUUUACAGGCCCGGUAGUCACGAACGGCGCAUUCCGUUUACCACAUGAGCAAAGCACUUGCAAAAUCAUGUGUUUCUUGGCAAACUGAAUGUUUUAGGUGUGAUCGUAGCAUGCCGCGCAAAAUUCAAAUUCAAAUUGAUUGCCAUUAGCAACACGUUUUUGAUCACAGCAACCUGCGCGUUGCCCGAGCCUAAUUCGGUCUCUUUCGUGGUGAACGCCUAGGAUAGGAUGCGUCACGUAGUCAGCCGAUUUGAGACCAUUUUGCUGUCAAACGGAGACCGGUGAUUGGUCGAAAUUGCUAUCCGUUUGCUGCGAUCAAAUCGCUUUGUUAUUGGUUUGGCCGUGUUGCUAGUUUGAAGGUUUAGCAUAUGAUACCAAUACUUAAAAUCACUGUAUUUUUCUAUUCAAGUUUUAUCGACUUAAAAAUGUCAGCUUUCAAAUGUAAAUCAACCUAAAGUGGCUCUUAUAUCUGAACAUUGAUAAAUAUCAUUGUUUUGGUGCAAAAUCAAUUGAUUGUUUGAUAUAUUUCACUAUAAAUGAAAUAACGCUACGUUUGAAAUAAAUUUUACUUGCAAGUGAUGCUAUUCCAAUUGCAACUAAUGAUUUAAAUUGCGAAAUAUGCAUCCAAAUUUCAAUCGUUAAAUUUAAAUCGUUUGAAAGAUUCGGAAUAAAGAAAAGUGGCAGCACUGGAUUUCCAUCGUCGAUGAAAUCGAACGAAAAUAUAACAAGGCAGGCGAAUUUCUGUUGUCACAUCGUAUCCUAGGUGAACGCUAGUGAAGUGUAGACGCUAUCAAAUUAGCUCGUAUGUUAAUUUGCCUUAACCACGAUUUUUCACUGUUUCGGCUGAUUUGGAAACACAACAGAAAGUUUCUGCUUUUUUGGUUCCUCCGGAGCAUCAAACUUGUGCUGGACGGUCCUAGCUUUACGUUACAAAAGACAUGCUGUUUAAUGCUAGGUAUGGACUACAAACGAAAUCGCUCAAGUAAUUUCCGUUUAGUGUAUUCUUUUUCCUUGACCGAAAUGGUCAAGAGAUUUAACACAGCAAGAUUCAUUUAAUUUGACGUUGCUUUUCAGCUCCGUACUGGGGUAAAGAAAAAUCUAACACUUGCUCUUAUCUUGUGCGAUUUUUUGCCUGAAUUUUCCACGCAUCGAGGUAGGCCAAGAAAUGUCAAAUCUCUCACAGUAUACUUGCCCCACAUCAAGGCUAUACUGAUUGGACUGAGUUCUACGUUCCGGAAACUCUCUCUCUCCAUCACACAUAAACACACUUGAACAAAAGAACGUGUCUUUUUGUUGCAUUUAACUAAAUACUUGCUUUUUAUCUACCGACCCCCUCUCGAUUAGAACCAGAAUCGCCUUCACCGUCGUAUAAUAUGUAUAAUUGAGCCCCUACAAAGGAAGGAAAGAAAACUUAGUUAGAGUUAACUUUUAGAUCGUACUGCACAUUGACACACUCCUUUUCUAGAUGUGCAAAUAAAACACGUUGAGUAAAAACGCUAGAUUUACGAGGAUUCGAACUAAUAUGAAUACGAAUACGUUGACAUCAUUUGGUCGUCACUAUUUUCCGUUUCUGUUGAUAUUUGAAAGUAAGAAGUUUAUACUAGAUUAACCUUUAGCUGUAUUUAUACGUUGCACGGUUUGUCAUGCGUUUGCGUCCGGUGGGUUUAUUGGUUUGCUAAGCAAAACUUAUACCAAGCGUCAGGUAUGGUGCGCGCUCAGAGGGUUCGAUCGAUGAAAACCCAGAAGAAUGACAGCAUCUUCUGUCCUUACGUAUUGUGUAUUAUACCAACUGUUAUAAUUACGCACAAGGAAAGGGUAAUGCUUCUUAAGAUCUUAUCGGAGACGACGUUAGCAACAAGUAACACGAUUUUAAUCACAACAAAUGCCAUGCAUGUGUUCAGAACGGUAUUCCCCCAUAUAUAUGUAAGAACGAAAGUAAACCAAACCAUUACACAGAUAAAAA